AUGGAUGCAAACGACUGGCUGAUCCGGUCAUCCCACGACGUCCAGCAAGACGCGCCAAAGGCAUGGAUACCGACUAUCGCACAGUCGCGAAAGGAAUGGGACUUGAGUGCGUACAGCACGUACCUCGCAGUUUGGGUGUUGUUGUGCAACGUCGAUAGCCCAGUCGCCGGCUCCGAAGCCGCAUUCAAGAACUCGCCGGGGCCUGGUGAUCGGUGGAAAAAGGAGGCGAUUUUCGAAUACUAUGGAUAG